CCGGCGCUCUACUCCCCUUCGCUGCGGCCGAGGGCGGCGCGGGGACCGAGCGCGGGGACCGGUGAGGGGAGCGGCGCCGCACAGGCGGCGGGAGCGGGCGCGCAAGGCCGCGUCCAUGGGCCCGGGGCCGGCGGGCGGCGGCGCGGGCGGGCGGCGGGGACCGCGCGCUCUGUGAGGCGCCGGCCUGCGUGCGCGGCUGGAGGCGGCGGCCGGGGAUGCGGCGGCGCCCGACCUGAGCCCGCGCCCGGCCAUGUCGGCGGCCAAGGAGAACCCGUGCAGGAAAUUCCAGGCCAACAUCUUCAACAAGAGCAAGUGUCAGAACUGCUUCAAGCCCCGCGAGUCGCAUCUGCUCAACGACGAGGACCUGACGCAGGCGAAACCCAUCUAUGGCGGUUGGCUGCUCCUGGCUCCUGAUGGGACCGACUUCGACAACCCAGUGCAUCGAUCCCGGAAAUGGCAGCGCCGGUUCUUCAUCCUCUACGAGCAUGGCCUCCUGCGCUACGCGCUGGAUGAGAUGCCCACGACCCUCCCUCAGGGCACCAUCAACAUGAACCAGUGCACGGACGUGGUGGACGGGGAGGGCCGAACAGGCCAGAAGUUCUCCCUGUGCAUUCUGACCCCCGAGAAGGAGCAUUUCAUCCGAGCGGAGACCAAGGAGAUCAUCAGCGGGUGGUUGGAGAUGCUCACGGUCUAUCCCAGGACCAACAAGCAAAACCAGAAGAAGAAGCGGAAGGUGGAGCCUCCUACCCCACAGGAGCCAGGGCCAGCCAAGAUGGCUGUCACCAGCAGCAGCAGCAGCAUCCCCAGUGCUGAGAAAGUCCCCACCACCAAGUCUACACUCUGGCAGGAAGAAAUGAGGGCCAAGGACCAGACAGAUGGGAGCGGCCUGAGUCCAGCUGAGAGUCCUAGCCAGAGCCAGCCCCCUGCUGCCAACACCCUGAGGGAGCCUGGGCUGGAGAGUAGAGACGAGGAGAGCGCCCCAAGCGGUGACCGCAUGGACUGUGGCCGCAAAGUCCGGGUGGAGAGUGGCUACUUCUCCCUGGAGAAGACCAAGCAGGACGUGAAGGCCGAGGAGCAGCAGCUGCCCCCGCCGCUCUCCCCUCCCAGCCCCAGCACCCCCAACAGCAGGUACAGUGGCCCUGGCCCCCCCUCCCAGGAGCUUGGUCAUCCCCUUACUUCCCCAGGUCCUCGGCCCCCUGGCCGGAGGGUCUGCAGCAGCUCCUUCAGCUCCCUGGAUGCGGUCAGCCAGCUUCCAGCCCGCGUGGACUCCGGCAGCGCUGGGGGGCGGGGAGCGGAGAGACUGGGGCCCGCCUCUGCCUUUAAAGCCAGCAGGCAGUAUGCCACCCUGGCCGACGUCCCCAAGGCCGUCAGGAUCAGCCACCGAGAAGCCUUCCAGGUGGAGAGGAGGCGGCUGGAGCGCGGGGCUCGGGCCCGGAGCCCUGGCAGGGAAGAGGUGGCCCGUCUGUUUGGCCACGAGCGGAGGAGGUCCCAGGUCAUUGAGAAGUUUGAGGCCCUGGACAUCGAGAAGGCAGAGCACAUGGAGACCAACUCGUCGGCUGGAUCCUCACCAUCCAGCGACACACGCCAGGGCCGCAGCGAGAAGAGGGUGCCCCCCAGGAAGCGGGACCUCCCCAGCGAUGCUCCUCUCCCGGAAGCCUCGGCCUCCCCACUGUCUCCACACCGAAGAGCCAAGUCCCUGGAUAGGAGGUCCACGGAGUCCUCCCUGACGCCCGACCUGCUGAAUUUCAAGAAAGGCUGGCUGACCAAACAGUAUGAGGAUGGCCAGUGGAAGAAACACUGGUUUGUGCUUGCUGAUCACAGCCUGAGACACUACAGGGAUUCUGUAGCUGAGGAGGCGGCUGACCUGGAUGGGGAGAUCGACUUGUCCACGUGUUACGACGUCACUGAGUAUCCAGUGCAGAGGAACUACGGCUUUCAGAUCCAUACAAAGGAGGGCACCUUCACCCUCUCUGCUAUGACAUCUGGAAUCCGGCGGAACUGGAUCCAGACCAUCAUGAAGCAUGUCCACCCGACCUCCGCCCCGGAUGUGACCAGCUCAUUGCCACAGGAGAAGCACCGGAGCAGCCCCCCUGUGGAGACCCACCCGAGGCCACGGGAGGAACAGGAGGGCGAGCUCACAGAGCCAGACCCCGAGCAGAAGAGGAGCCGGGCUCGGGAGCGGAGGCGGGAAGGGCGCUCCAAGACCUUCGACUGGGCCGAGUUCCGCCCCAUCCAGCAGGCCCUGGCCCAGGAGAGGGCUGGCGCCUUGGGGCCCGCCGACCCCCGCCCCGAGGCAGAGCCGGGUGAGCUGGAGCGGGAGCGUGCACGGCGGCGAGAGGAACGCAGGAAGCGCUUUGGGGCCCUUGACACGGCCGAUGGGCCAGGCACCGACGAAGCAGCCUUGCGCAUGGAGGUCGAUCGGGGCCCAGGGCCGCCCGCGACCACUGACCUCAGGACACAGAAUGUGCACGUGGAGAUUGAGCAGCGGUGGCAUCAGGUGGAGACCACCCCUCUCCGGGAAGAAAAGCAGGUGCCCAUUGCCCCCCUGCACCUGUCCUCCGAGGACGGCAGUGACCGGCUCUCCACUCACGAUCUAACUUCCCUGCUGGAGAAGGAGUUGGAGCAGAGCCAGAAGGAGGCCUCGGACCUCCUGGAGCAGAACCGGCUGCUGCAGGACCAGCUGAGGGUGGCUCUGGGCCGGGAGCAGAGCGCCCGGGAGGGCUACGUGCUGCAGACUGAAGUGGCCACCUCCCCGUCCGGCGCCUGGCAGAGGCUCCACAGAGUCAACCAGGAUCUCCACAGCGAGCUGGAGGCCCAGUGCCAGCGCCAGGAGCUGAUCACGCAGCAGAUCCAGGCCCUGAAGUGCAGCUAUGGGGAGGCCAAGGACGCGGUCCGGCACCACGAGGCCGAGAUCCGGAACCUCCAGGCGAGGCUUAGCAACACUGCGGCCGAGCUCACUGUCAAGGAGCAGGCGCUGGCCAAGCUCAAGGGCGAGCUGAAGCUGGAGAAGGACAGGGUGCGUGAGCAGCUGGAGGAGCGGCAGCACAGUGAGGCCGCGCUCGGCGCCCAGCUGCAGGCCAGCGAGCGGAAGCUGCAGCGUGCGGAGGCCCUGCUGCUGGAGAGGACACAGGAGCUGCGGGACCUGGAGAGGCAGCGGGCGCUGCAGCGGGACCGGCAGAAGGAGGUGCAGAGGCUGCAGGAGCGCAUUGCCGACCUCAGCCAGCAGCUCGGCACCAGCGAGCAGGCCCAGAGGCUGAUGGAGGAGCAGCUGCAGCGGAACUAUGAGCUGCUGCUGGGGAGCUGUGCCGAGGAGAAGCGGGGGCUACUGCGAAGCCUGAAGGAGGCGGAGGACAGGGCCAGCGCCCUCGAGGACCGGCUCCAGGGCCACGAGCAGCAGCUGGAGGUCCUCCACCAGGAGAAGCUGAGCGCCAAGGCUGAGGGCAGUGAGGCGGUGCAGCGGCUGGAGGAGCAGCUGGAGGAGAAGGAGGCCAGCCUGCAGGAACUGGCCGCACGUGUCCAGGGCCUCCGGGACGAGCGGGACCUGGUCCGGCAGCGCUUCCAAGAGCUGAUGGACCGUGUCACCCUGUCUGACGGGGACGUGGCUGCGCUUCGGGAGAGGCUGCGGGGGAGGGAGGCCGACUACCAGCGCUUGGAGCUGUCCUACAGGCGGGCGGCCGGCCAGCUGCAGGGCCUGCACGCUCGGCUGCAGGAGAAGGAGGAGGAGCUGAGGCACAUAAAGGCCGCGCACGAGAAGGGGCUGCAGGAGAAGGAGGAGAGCCUGCAGGAGGCCUUGGGGAGCAGCUCAGAGGGAACGGAGAUGAAGCUCCAGGGAAGGGAAGAGGUUUUCAGGAAAUCGGCAAAGGCAUCUCCAGAGGCGGCGGGUGAGCCGCGGAGUGCCGUCGGGGAAGCAGAGGCGGCCGGCAUCUCGCUCUCACGCCCGCAGGCCCAGGCUGCCAGCGCCCCUCUGGGCUUCUCACACUCGAGGCUCGAGGAAGACCCAGGGGCUGCCCUGGGGGAGGAUCAGGGGGACAGCAGCCCCCGGAGAGGAGAGGGCAUGGAGCCCCCAAAGUUGGGAGCGCCUGAUAGGGAGGGGACCCUGCAAAGCACCUCAAAGCCCAGCCAGGGUGCACCCGGCAUUAAGAGGCAAAGAAUCCGGUUCUCCACCAUCCAGUGCCAAAAAUACACCCACCCCGAGGGGUCCGAGAAGAUCUGGACCAGCAGCACGUCGUCCGACACCAGUCAGGACCGGUCACCCUCGGAGGAAAGCAUGUCAUCAGAGGCCACCCCCGGCUCACUCCCUGCGACCAGCGACGCAGACACCUACCUGUCCAUAAUCCACUCCUUGGAGACCAAGCUCUACGUCACGGAGGAGAAGCUCAAGGAUGUGACGGUGAGGCUGGAGAGCCAGCAGGGCCAGAGCCAGGAGGCCCUGCUCGCGCUGCACCAGCAGUGGGCCGGCACCGAGGCAGGGCUCCGCGAGCAGCUCCGCGCCAGCCUGCUUCAGGUCGGGGCGCUGGCCUCCCAGCUGGAGCAGGAGAGACAGGCCAGGGCCAGAGUGGUCGAAGACCACGUCGGGGAGCUUGGUGGCUUCCAGGUGAAAAACAGCCAGGCACUGGCUUGUCUGGAAAGCUGCCGGGAACGGCUGCGGUCUCUGCCGGGAGCCGUCCCGGAGGUGGAGGCCGGGGCAGCGGGGGCGGGGCCCGGGCCCCUGGCCAGCGUCGAGAGCUUGCUCGUCAGCGCCAUCCAGGCCCUUGGGCACACACAGCGGGAGGAGGAGGGGCCCGCAGCCGCACCGCAGCCGCCCCGCCUGCCGGAGCUGAGCGAGCAGGAGCAGCUCAAGCUGCUUUCUGACCAGAUGGCUCUGGAAGCCGCACUCAUCGGCCAAAUAGCGGAGUCCGUGAAGCGCACGACCUCGGAUGUCGCGCACGUCCUCUCUGAGGUUUCUCAGUCGAGGAAGGUGCUGCUGGACUCUGAAAGUGGCGCAGGGUGGCCCAGGGCCCCGGCAGACGCCUGGGCCAAGAAGGUGCUGGUGGACGGAGAGUUCUGGAGCCAGGUGGAGUCCCUGCGCAAACACCUGGAGACGCCGGGUGGGGAGGCAGCCUGCACCUCCGGUGGCGGGCAGCAGAGCGCCCCGCCGGGCCUGGGACCCACCCUGGCCGAUGCCACGUGGGUCAGGGCAGAGCUCAGCUUCGCCGUGCACUCGGUGAGGGAGGCCCUCCAACGCAGGUUGCAGAGCGUCCAGGAGACAUUGCAGGGGACCCAGGCAGCCCUGCAGCAGCACAAGCGUCUGCUGGGGGACAUCUUGGGAGCCUACCAAACCCCCGACUUCGAGAGAGUGAUGCAGCAGGUCUCGGAAGCCCUCGAGCUUCCAGCAGGCGCUGGAGACGAGGUACAGGCAUCCUGGGACUUGAGCCCAGCAGAAGUACUGAGCUGUCAGGACGCGGGGGGCUCCCAGGAGCUCUUCCCCUUGUCCAGCCAGAGCCCGGGGGCCCUCGUUGCUGUUCAGGAGGAGCUCGCCCUGCAGCUUAAAGACAAGGCCAGCCUCCUAGGGGAGAUCUCUGCUGCCUUAACCUCGCUCCCUUCCCCGGAGCCACUGAGGGACUGUCAGCAGCUCCUCCAGGCAUCCCGGAACCUCUCCCACGACGCCUGCUUGGGAGGCCUCAGUCAGUAUUCAUCCUUAUUAGUUCAAGAUGCGAUUGUUCAGGCUCAGGUGUGCUAUGCAGCCUGCAGGAUCCGGCUGGAGUAUGAAAAGGAGCUCCGGGGCUGCAGGGAGUCCUGGCCGGGUGGGGGGGCCUCCUGCCAGGAGCAAGAGCUGGCUGUCGGGGCCCUGAGGGAGGAGUAUGAGGAGCUUCUCCGGAAGCAGAAGAGCGAGUACCUGGAUGCGAUUGCCAUCAUAGAAAGGGAGAACGCAGAGCUCAAGUCCAAGGUCACCCAGCUGGACCAUCAGCAGAAGUGCCUGGAGGAAGUGGAGGGCAAGCACCUGUCUGCCCUGCAGAGGGGGCACGAGGGGGAGAUGCAGUGUGUGCUGGAGGAGGCCGAGCACAGCAGUGUCCUGAGCCAGCUGCACGCCUCCGUCAGAGACAGGCAGGACCUUGAGAGGCACCACGUGGAGCAGAUGCAGACGCUGGAGGACAGGUUCCAGCUCAAGAUCAAAGAGCUGCAGACAAUCCACCAGGAGGAGCUGAGGGCCCUUCAGGAGCACUACUCACAGACCCUGCAGUGCCUGCAAGAGACCCUCCACCACUACCAGGGACAGCCCCCUGCAGCCCCGCCGGCUCCCGGCCCCCUGAGCAGCCCCCACCAGGCCCCCUCCUGCAGCCGGCCCGCCGAGGGGGAGGCCGACUCCGUGAUGGGACUGAGAGCACGCAUCCAGGAGCUGGAGGCCCAGGUGGACGUCCUGCGGGAGGAGCUGGAGCACAGGGGUCUGGCGGGCAGCGCAGCCUUGCUGCAGGAGGAGCACCAGAGGGACUUUGAGAGCCUCAAGGCCACGUGUGAGCGAGGGUUUGCAGCCAUGGAAGAAACACACCAGAAGAAGAUUGAAGACCUUCAGAGGCAGCACCAGCGGGAACUGGAGAAACUGCGGGAAGAGAAGGACCGCCUCCUGGCCGAGGAGACCGCGGCCACCAUCUCAGCCAUUGAAGCCAUGAAGAAUGCCCACCGAGAGGAGCUGGAGCGGGAGCUGGAGAAGAGCCAGCGGUCCCGGGUCAGCAGCGUCAGCUCGGACGUCGAGGCCCUGCGGCGGCAGUACCUGGAGGAGCUGCAGUCGGUGCAGCGCGAGCUAGAGGUCCUCUCCGAGCAGUACUCCCAGAAGUGCCUGGAGAAUGCCCACCUGGCCCAGGCGCUGGAGGCCGAACGGCAGGCCUUGCGGCAGUGCCAGCGCGAGAACCAGGAGCUCAACGCUCACAAUCAGGAGCUGAACAACCGUCUGGCUGCAGAGAUCUCACGGUUACGGACGCUGCUGACUGGGGACGCCGGUAGCGAGGCCGCUGGCUCGCCUCUCACGCAGGGCAAGGACGCCUACGAGUUAGAGGUAUUACUGCGGGUCAAGGAGUCAGAAAUACAGUACCUGAAACAGGAGAUCAGCUCCCUCAAGGAUGAGCUGCAGACGGCGUUGCGGGACAAGAAGUACGCCAGCGACAAGUAUAAAGACAUCUACACGGAGCUGAGCAUUGUGAGGGCGAAGGCCGACUGUGACAUCAGCAGGCUGAAGGAGCAGCUGAAAGCAGCCACAGAAGCGCUAGGGGACCGGUCCCCGGAGAGCACCCCCGUGUCGGGAUACGAUAUAAUGAAAUCUAAAAGCAACCCUGAUUUCUUGAAGAAAGACAGAUCCUGUGUCAGCCGGCAACUCAGAAGCAUCAGGUCCAAGUCCGUUAUUGAGCAGGUCUCAUGGGAUAACUGAAACGCCCGCUGCCAGGUCCCCUGUCGUGUAGAGUCUGAAAGAAGGCCUGACGGUGCAAGAUCGUCUGAAGCUCUUUGAGUCCAGGGACUUGGAGCAAGACUAGCCAUUCCACUCGACCUGACCCACCCUGGCCGGCGGCAGCACCCGGCCGCUGCCCGCCUGCACCGUCUCGCUCACUGUCGUCCUCGUGGUGGUCGUUGUCCUCGUGAACCAUGGGUCCGGGUGCAGAGAGAGACUGGCUGGGCUGUCCGCCGCUACCCGCGCUCCGUCAGCGCCCUCCCCGCCGCCGCCCUCACUGUCAGUAUUAAGGCCCAGCAGCCUGUCGAUAAGCUAGCUCUGUCUCGCCGGGUGCACGUGGGGCCGGGCCCGGCAGGUCACGUGGGGCAAGGACAAGCCGCCGGGUCCGGCACUGAGAGCUCACUAGGCCGCAGGGGCAGGAGGGAGCUGGCCGAGAGCCAUGGCUCAUGGCCUGGACUUACCACCUUUGGGCUCGGGAGGACAGCAUUUUGUAUUUGUUCCACUAACGCAGCUUAGAACCACACCCCAGAUAAUCGUGGUAAACCCGUCACAACCUGAAAAAUGUUGAAAGCAGCCAUUCCUACUUUUGUUCGUUUUUUAUUAAAUCUUGCACAAAACCCAGCCCCUCGCGUGCCUUCCUACACUGGCUUCGGUCUCGGUCACCUGUGACCCGGUCUCGGCGCAGCUGGAGACUGUGGACCUGCAGCCAGGCUUUCGGGCUGUGAUCACAGGUGGCGGUGAGUCCCCCAGAGUCAUCCAAGGGGAAGACUGUCUGUCUCCUCAGUUUUCUGAAAAGAGGUCUCCAUUUGUUUCCGAGAAGGUUGACAGGAAACCCCACGUUAGGUCAAGAAGGUUGGAGGAUGUCGAGAAGCAGACGAAAACUGGCCAGUGACUCGUCCUCCCAGACUCCGUCCACCUGUGCUCUGGAGGCUCUUGCAGCGCUUAGAGCCGGGGCUAGGCCUGUCGGCUUGCUUUCUUAAUGGUCCAAGUAACACCUUUUUAACUGCCCCUAACACCCCAAAGUGCUUCUUGAGAAGCUCUCUUAAACUGGGGUUUCAGUUAUAACCCCACGAAAACUGCUAGUCUGGGGGGGGGGUUGUCUAAACACACGGGCCAAGCGGGGCCUGAUCUACAGCUUUGAAGCCAGGGGGACGCUCGGAGGAAGUCACUCUGGCCUCGCCUGCUGAUCAGCUCCUUGGUUUUUGCUGGGAGCCUUCACUCUGGGUGAAUGAAUGCCUGAGUUAGCACGAGGGUCUUGGUGCGUGGAUGCUUUGAGGGUGAACAUGCAGAAAUCAUUUGCUCAGUUUCUAGAUUAAGUUAAGGAACAGGGUCGUUUGGGGAAAGUCCUGGAGGGCAAGACAGAGGCCCUGCAUGUGUUAAGACCCCUCCUACCGCCUUCCUCUGGGGAAGCCUGCGUCUCCGCUCGCACUGAGCGUUCCAGUCCAUGAGCUUUUAAGGGUCUUAAACCACAGCCGUGGCUCCUCUGCGGCUCUUCCAUGUUUUCAGAAGGAAGAGGCUGUUGGCGCUGCCUCUCGGCUCUCGUCAGACACGCCCGCGCCUGCGCUGGAGACUGGCAUCGUUCCGGUUGAGGGAGGACUGUGGCCUUUGGUGUCUUGCUCAGAACGGGAGUUCCCCUGGGGUCAGCGCAGCCCCCAGGAUGGUCGGGGGCAGAGGGGGGCUCACGCCUUUGGAGCACGCGCCCCGUCACCAGGUUUCUGUUGUGGCUGCCUCUGGGGGCCCUCCCAGAAGGGCAGGGUCUGCGUGCCCCAGGGAGGGCUGUGUUCAUGUGGUCAGCUCUUCCCAGUGGUAAAUGUCUGCUAUGGCCCUUGUGACCUGCUGGCACCUGCAGGUGAGUCAUGCCACACAUGCCCAUGGGAAAACUGAACAGUGUGACGUCAUUUGACAGCUUUGUGAGCACCUGCGUGGUUCACUGUGCACGUGGCCACCGGCGCCGGGCAGGUGUGAAGCCGGCACUUGGGCAGUGCCAGCUGCGGGGUGACGUGCAGAGAGGUGGCAGACGGGACUUGGCUGCUGGAGGUCGAUGCUUGUGCUCAGAGGCAGCAGGAUGAGUGAAACUUUGUGGGUGAAGCGGGGGCUGUGCUGGGGGACCAGGUGGUCUGUCAGGGCCCACAGCUCCCUGUCUCGAGUCCAGCUGUUGCAAUGGAGACUGCGGGCAGACCUGCCUCCAGCCAGUUCAGUGGCAUCUGUCACUCGUGGUGUCGGGACCCAAGCACUGGCUCCCUGACCCCGUAGCUAGGCAUGAGGCCUCACACCGCCAGGCUUGGGAAGAAGGGAAUUGAGGUUUUUAAAGAAGCAGAACUGUGACCCUCAGGGUCUGCCCGAAAGGGGCUCUGAUGAGGCUAGGGGACACAGUGGAUGGUGUAAGGUGUCUUUACAGGGGCCCACUGAACGCAUUUGUGCUGUCAGAGGGAGGUGAGUCCCCUUCUGGCCUGCUGCCUGCAGGGCCCUGUCCAGGCCGGCUUCUAGGCUUGUCCACCUGCCGCACCCUGCGGGGCCCCCCAGCUCUGGCCAGUGGAACCCUGUGGGCAGGCGCCCCCACCUAAGCUCCCGCUGGCCACAUCCGCACAGGGCGGUCCCUCCUCCCCAGCGCCAUGGGGGGGUGGUCUUCACGGCUCACCGCGCCCCAGAUUUCUCCCUGCUGCUCACGCAUGAGGUCUGAGCCCUUAGCUGGGGCUCAGAGCUGUUCUCAGAGUGAAAAGAAUGCCACUCCCUGAACAUGAGUUGGCUCUUUAUUGUCCUGAGGAAGCUUGGGAGUUAACUUUCCUUUGUAGACGCAACUUCAAAAAGCAAAAAACAGGACGCUAGCCCUUUAUCACCUAGAAAGGGGAGAAAAUUUAAGUACUGCCAAAUACAAAGGACAGGGAACUGUGUCGUAUUAUACUUAAAAGGAAUUAAGUACUAAAGUUUGGCAGGCUGAUUGGAAGCCUCAGCCACUCAGGACAUCUUGCGCCAAGGAGCCCUGGACAGCGGAGCUGGGACCUGCUUCAUACGCGGAUUCCAGCUGCUGCCCUCGGGUUUCUCCACCCAUGGAGACUGAUGAGCGCUUCUCUGCCCUACAGGAAGGGACUUGGCAGACUGCUGCCGGAAACUGGCUUAAGGCAUUUAUUUGCGCACCAGUUCCCCACCUGUCCCACCUUUCUUCUCUCUGCACCCUCCCUGAGAGGGGACCACUGGGCAGCUCAGCAAACACUGAGACUCAGAAAACAGGGAAGCCGGCAUCCACCCCACCGACCAGCCAUCCCCGGCAGGUGAAGGCGUGAGCGCAGGCGCCAGACCCUGGCGUCCAGGAAAGGUCUCUUCACUCGCCAGAGGUCAGGUCAAAGGUUAAGUCCUUCCCCUCUCCCAUCGCCCAGUGCAGGGUGCCUGGGAUGCCCACUCGCUCUCAGGAGGCACAGCCAUACCGCUGAGCAGUUUUGUACCUUUUUACACAUGUACACUUUUGGCAAAGCCAUACUUUCCAGAGCUGAAAACUCAAAUGAGACUCAGCUUGAAGUGAGGGCUCACGAAACCCUUUGCUCGGGGUUCGCUGCUGGGAAGACAGGAUGGAGCCUGUGUGGAGUCCCGGCCCCACUCUGUUCCUUGGAGAACAGUUUCUCUGUGCAUGAAACCAGCUGCUGCAGCUCCGGUCUCUUCCCUCCCGCGCCCUCCGACCCCUCAGCACCACAGUCCGCCGCGUGGCACUCAGAGUGGGUGGCCCAAGUGUCCCUUGGAAGUUACUGCAGGGAUUCUGUGACAGUUUGUAUGGUUGUGUUUCUUCUUAAUCUUACAAAAGCCUCUCUUUUUAAGACAGAACAGCUUUGGGUACAACACUGAGCGCCACCCACUGUUACGAGGAAAUGUUCUUAAUGCCUGCUGUAUCUUAUUUUAAAGUUUUGGUCAUUGAACAGGUGGUUUUGUUUUUCCCCGAAAGAACUUAGUGGUGCUUGUGCCUCAUUCCUGGUAGAGCCUUGCAGAGUCUGGAGGAGAGUCAGGAGAAGGUGGGAGUGACACCUGCCCAGACCCUUGGCUCAGUACUUAAGACGCACAGGGAGACAGGGCAUCGGGUCUAAAUCACUCACUGGUGAGCACUUGCCGGUGGGGCUGUUUUGUGUGACGGCACGGAGGUCACAGAACUUGUAAGGCUGUGAUUCUACGAUGUGUCUGUCAGCCUGCUCAGACACUGGAGCCCUGAGCAGCCCGUCCUGUGGGUGACCGGGGAGGGAGGUCCAGCCUCACCGGCCCUGACUUCACACCGAGCAGCCGUCGGACAUGCGUCUCCACGCCGCCCCCCCGAACCCCCACACAGUAGUUGUCACUUACUUGUUUCGUUUUGUAGAAAGCUCUGAACAGUCUACAAAGGGCACUAAAUUCUUUACCGUGUUAUGUUCAUAUCACAAAAGCAAAUAAAAUGGAUUUUAGGAUUUACCUUUAGUAUUAACUUAUCUCCUGACUUACUGUUAGGAUUCAAAACCAGUUAAGUGAUGCGAGUUAACUCCUGUGGUUUUCCUAAGUGAUGUUUGUAAAAUGUGAAGUCUCUAAGUGGCUCCUGCACAGUCACACUCCUUCGUGGAUCUUCUCACAAGUGUACUCCUCUGUCAGGACAAAAGCUGACCACGCCCAGCUGCUGAGGGGCGCAGGGUGGUGCACAGGCAGCUGUCUGUCACCAGCUGGCGCUGCCGCCGCUGCCUGGGGGCGAGGCCACAGCGAGGCCCCAAGAAGAGCCUGGGCAGCGGCUGCUCUGGACAGUUCACGACUUCCGUGGUUUAGUUUGAAGCAUUUUUUUCCAACAAAGCUUCUGAUCGACUGUCUGCUACAAGUGAAGUGUUACUUCGUCAAAUAUUUAUUCCCUGUGUGACGCGCGGGAUUCCCACGGGUGUAGCUCACUGUUUCCGUUUUGUAAAUACUACCUAACUUCGCAUAAGCAGCAUCAUAAUAAACUAUUUUUGCACCACA